AGGACGUCUGCUCCUUUUGUUCGGGGAGAUCUGCCAUCAUGCCUGAUCCGUCCAAGUCGGCUCCGGCCCCGAAGAAGGGCUCGAAGAAGGCGGUGACCAAGGCGCAGAAGAAGGACGGCAAGAAGCGCAAGCGCAGCCGCAAGGAGAGCUACUCCAUCUACGUGUACAAGGUGCUGAAGCAGGUGCACCCCGACACGGGCAUCUCGUCCAAGGCCAUGGGCAUCAUGAACUCGUUCGUCAACGACAUCUUCGAGCGCAUCGCCAGCGAGGCGUCGCGCCUGGCGCAUUACAACAAGCGCUCGACCAUCACGUCCCGCGAGGUGCAGACGGCCGUGCGCCUGCUGCUGCCCGGGGAGCUGGCCAAGCACGCCGUGUCCGAGGGCACCAAGGCCGUCACCAAGUACACCAGCUCCAAGUGAGGCGCGCCGGGCGCCCCGGAACCCAAAGGCUCUUUUCAGAGCCACCCACACAAUCGAAAAAGGGUUUCGAACACGGUGAAGGGUUGUCAUGUGAACCAAUUCCGUUCUGUGCGUCCCAGCGGUUUCCUGGCUAUCGGGUCUGUGUGUGCGCGCGCCUGUGCGUAUGUGAGCGGAAGGCAAGAAUGUGUAGCUGUUCUUUACGGCGGUCUGGGAUGGUGGCCGUCGCGGGUGCGGCCAAGGACCCCGUGUCCACCCUCCCCUUUGGGGCUAUUAAUGCAUUGCUAGUCGAAGUAGGAUCCUCGAGCUUUGCGUCCUCUGGUGGCUGCAGAGCGUAUCCCCGGCGUUUGCGCGCGUGGACUCCCAGGGCCCGCACUGUCCGCGCGUGGCGUGCGCCUGUGGGUGAGGGGCGCGGGUCACCUCUUCCAGAAGGACCUCAUGCCAGCCUUCCUUCCCCGGUGUCCCUGACGAAUGGACCCCGGAGGUGAGGACUUGGUUGUUGCGCAGCCCGGGCGGUGGCGCCUGGAGCUGCAUCCCUGCCUGGACCGGACAUCUUUAUUCUCAAGCAGGGGACAUUUCCGGGAGGAUGUUUGCGUGGCUGGAUCUUGCAGCGGCAUUGAAACCGAGAGGGAGACGGCAGCGUCCUGUGCGCGGGAGCCAGAUGUAAUAAGCCGCUUCCUGCUGCGGGUAGCUUUAACUUACGUGGGAAUGGGGGAGAUCAGCUCAAGACAGUAAUUCCCUUUCUCUGUAAUUCCCCCUUUUCUGAGCAAAUUAGCUCCCUCCCUUUUCAGCCACAUUGUUGUUAUUUUCUGUGAAGCGUCAGUGACGCAGAAUUCCCCCUCUCUUUGGAUUUAUGACAUUUAAUUUGGAAAGUGUCCUUUUGGUCAGAGAAAGCGCUUUGGCACGAAAAGUCUUCACUUGGGAAAAGACAUCGCUUUGCCUUUCCCUUCGCUUGGCUCUUCUUAUUUGUAAAUAAGGGAUUCUUAACAAUCGCUUCCUUGAGCCUGUUUGAGUCUUAGAUGUAUUGGAAGGUCGUGGCAUCCUGUCUGGCAGGGAACAGACAGACACACAAUGAAAGAGAACAGUCGUGUUUUUGCAAAUCGUCUCUCGAAAGGAGGCCGGUCGGGUAUCGGGCUGGGCGGGAGGGUCUGGAGGGAAUGUCGCCAACCGCGCGUCCCCCGCCCCAGCGGCUGGAAGCCCACCCACCCGUUACUUCUGCGUGGGUCCAAUCUAAAGGGAUUUAAAACCUCACACGUUUUUCGGUUGACAUCUAAAAUAUUUCUAUCCUUAGUUCUAAUAGUUACAAGGACGCAAAUCCCAACCCAGGACGUUUUAAAAAGCAAAAUGGUCACAACAAAAAAUUUUAAAGAAACGUUGGAAUAUUUGUAAAGUUCUUGACCUGUUACACAUUUUCCAAAACAUUUUUUAUUGAGAUACAGUUGACACGAUCACAUCAAUCUUUUCAAGGUAUCUAUUGAAAUAGCAAUUCAGUACCAUAAUCAAUUCAUAAAACACAUGAUCAAAUUCUUCGUUAACACUGAGAUGGUCUAGAUGAUCCUUUUUUUCUCCCUGAACUCAUUCCCAUUGCACCUCGCAGAUUUCCAUCCAAAUGUAAGAUAUGUUUUUAAUUGUUUUACCUACUACGUUUCCUUAUCCAAAUAAAUAAAUAAAUAAAAGGUAUGUAAAUUGAAACUUAAAAAUACUUAAAAAAUCACCUGGGCAGUACGCAAUGGAUGAAAACAAAUUUUGGUACAUAGUUAUCAAAGAUAGAUAAUUGUAAGUAAUUCUCAAACAAUCAGAAUUUAAUUUGGGUGAAACCUACGUCAUUGAGUGAGAUUGGUGGUGACGCUCCCUGCAUUAUUGGUUCAGUUUAUGCCUCGAUGGGCACAUAGAAUAUUGUUAUGGUUAAAGUGAUAUCGGUGUGCAUCCUUGCUUUCCCUUUACUAUGCUCUGAACCAAUAUUUACAGACAAAACAAAACAAAAACACCCCCCAAAAAAACCCAUAGUGACAGAAAUUUUGUCAUGGCUAUUUUACUCCAUUCUUUCACUCCUAGUUAUCAUCCCGAAAUUUGAAAACGGGUGAGGUAUCAUCAAAAUCAACACCUUUAAUCUUAAGAGAUGUCUGAUUCAUAUUGAACACUACAGGAUCCGGCCCUCCACUAUGAAGCAGGGGCCUCCUGAUUGGGUCUGAGCCCUCAGCCCACUACCCAGGUAGAUUAGGAGUCAGUAUGUUCAUGAGCACCUCUGGCAACAGGAAACUAGUCUCCCAGACCCACGUGAUUGUCUGCCUGAAUAAUGAGCUUACGACAGGUUUAAUGAAAUGAAACUCGUCUCCACCAGUGUGUGAAGUUGCUAGCAGUAGGCAACAAAAAUAAAAUCAAGAAGCAAAAUAAACAGAAAUCCCAAAUACAACAGUAUGAGAAUGUUUUGUUGUGGAUAAUGCAAAAUGCAGAUUAAUUUCUCAGUCUUUUCAGGGCCCUGGCACACACACUUCAUUAGCAUGAAUAAAACAAAAAGAAGACUGCCUCUGUUUGCUCAACAGUGUGGUGGAGGCUGCAGAGACAGCCAGCAACAGCCCUGGAUGGAGCACAGGCCCGCUUGGGCCCUGUCCUCCCAGGAAACCUAUUAGGGAAGAUGCAGGGUGACAGAGUCCUGCUCCUGAGAAUUUAUAAUCAAGAAAAUGGAGGGAGGGGCGCCUGGGUGGCUCAGUUGGUUAAGCGACUGCCUUCUGCUCAGGUCAUGAUCCUGGAGUCCCGGAAUCGAGUCCCGCAUUGGGCUCCCUGCUCGGCAGGGAGUCUGCUUCUCCCUCUGACCCUCCCCCCUCUCAUGUGCUCUCUCUCAUUCUCUCUCUCUCAAGUAAAUAAAAUCAUGGGGCGCCUGGGUGGCUCAGUUGGUUAAGCGACUGCCUUCUGCUCGGGUCAUGAUCCUGGAAUCCAGGGAUCGAGUCCCGCAUCGGGCUCCCUGCUCGGCGGGGAGUCUGCUUCUCCCUCUGACCCUCCUGCUCUCAUGCUCUCUGUCUCUCAUUCUCUCUCUCUCUCAAAUAAAUAAAUAAAAUCUUUAAAAAGGAAAUGGAGGGAGAUUGAAUACAGAGCCCACGUUUGUAAUACUGCUACAAAACACAGAAAGAGAAACGUUAUUCAUGUUAAGCUGGAGGCUGGAGGAAGAGGCUCGCUGGGUAUUGACAGCACAUAGGCUAGGAGAGGGAGGACCCAACACAGUGGAAGAAUUCUCUGGGUUUGAGAUAACCAAGUAAACGCUUAGAUCCGGAAGGCACUGGAGGGAUUUCGCAGGUUAUCUUACCUGAGAUGCAUUUAAGAGACUCUCCCCACCCCCCAUCUCAGCUAAAAAUUUCAAGUCAAAUUUGAGUGGGAGCGGCUAUCCCUUUAAUAAAAACUACAAAAGCAAAUAAACAGCUUACUGUAUAAUAGGUUAAAUGUUGACGGAAGCGUGGCAGUCACCGGAGAUGAUGUGAGUCCCCUAGGUGACAGGAAUCAGGUCAAGGCCCACCUGAGGGAACCAAGGCGUCCAUCCAGAUCCUGGGAAG